CUCAAAGAAACAACCCUGUGUAGUUUAUCGCCUAUCGGAACUUGCGAAUGUUUAUUAUUAGCAAUUUUUUUACGAAACAAACGAUUGAAUAAGGCAGUUUUCUGCGUAAUAAAUGCCAAAUACUGCCAAAAGACUACAAGCCGUGCAAAAUAUCGUCCGUGAAACAAUCGUAAACGCGCGACUUUCAGGUCAAAACAAAGUGCCAAGACAAAGAAGCGACCAGGAGAGGAUUCCAGACACAAGUCAAAACCUCAUUAAACUCGGGCUGUGACCUGCCGAAGGGCCAGAGAGAGCGGCAGUAAACAUGGGCAACGCCAGCUCCACCGUGCACAUGCAGCGCGAGCGCCACAAGUCGACCGACUUGUCUACGCCGAGCUCUCCCGCACAUUUCCGCGAUUCGGUCGUGGGCGUUGGCGGGGGAGGAGCAGUUGGAGGUGGGGGAGCGGUACAGGGCGGGAGUGCUGGCGCAGCAGCUGUGUUGGGCGGUGCAGCGGGGACGGGAGGCGGUGGCGGUGGAGGAGGAGGAGGCCAAGCUUUCUCGUUCGACAAAAAACAUACGGCAGUCUUGAACGAGGGCUCGUCGCAAGAAGACGACGACCCGUACUACACGGGAACUGGAACUGGAUCCACCAGGCGCACUGCCGACGAGUCGUCAUCAGCUGUUCACCGAGAGCACUCCAGCAUGGAUCACAACGAGGAGGAGGAGGCAGGGACGGAGCCAGCGCCGGGAUCCCAACUACUCAGCGAGGAGGACGACAUCCGGAAGACGGCCCUUCCCACCGUGCUCCGUUGGGAUGGCGGCGGCAAGAACGUAACCAUCUCGGGAACUUUUAGCAACUGGAAGCCCAUCACAAUGGUCCGAAGCCACCAGAAUUUCGUGACCAUCAUCGAUCUACCCGAGGGAGACCACCAGUACAAGUUUUGCGUGGACGGCGAAUGGAAACACGAUCCCAAGCUGAAAAGCGUUGAAAACGACGAGGGACACAGAAAUAACUUAGUGUCCGUGCGGGAAUCCGAUUUUGAAGUGUUCCAGGCGCUGGCCAAAGACAGUGAGAACGUGACCAACUACGCGGAGAAGGAAUACACGCAGGAAGUGCCCCAGGUGAAGCCUUGGGAGAAGGUAUCCGGGCCACCCGUUUUGCCACCCCAUUUGCUGCAGGUCAUCCUCAACAAAGAUACACCGCUUUCGUGCGAACCCACUCUGCUGCCGGAACCAAACCAUGUGAUGCUUAACCACUUGUAUGCACUGUCCAUCAAGGAUGGCGUUAUGGUGCUGAGUGCCACGCAUCGGUACCGCAAGAAGUACGUCACCACGCUGCUUUACAAGCCCAUUUAGGCCACUCGGUAUUGGUAUUUUAGCUGUAGGAACCUGGUUUUUAUGAGGGGGUAAUCCCGGUGACAUUAAAUCGAUUCGGGAAAUACCCCAAGCCCAAUACGUCUCGCUUGUCAAAUUUACUAUAAAAUGCAGUGAAAGUGUUUUAUUUUUCUCUUUAUUAAGCGUUGUAUUUUUAUUAGUUAUAAAUAUACGGAACUUGUAAAAAUAUAA